AUUUAGGACUAGAAAUCCCAGAAUGCUUUGCGCUACACGACCACGACGAAUUGGAAGCUACUGCCAUCGCUGGUCACUUGUUGUAUUACAUGCGUUUGACACUCGUCGUAAAGUCAAAUUUAUGAAAAAUAUUUGUGGUUAGAAUGCACUACCUAUAAGAGGACAUUUUAUUAAUAAUGUUUUUUUUUUUAAGGAAAACAGUGACCUUUGCAUGAAGUUUUAGGGGAGCGAAUAUUGGUACACGUUUGUCAACAACAAAACAUUAAACAAUAAUAAACUUGAGUUGAGCAGCCUGUCCUGAAAAUAAUUCAACAGUGAAUUGCUCGUUUUGCACUGCUAUUACCAAAAAAAUAAUAAAAUACUUGUUGUUAAUGUUCUUUAUUUAGAUGACUUUUGCAUUACUGUAAGUUCCAUAUUUUUAAACAACCCUUUACCCCGAGAGAGAGGGAAAAAAAUCGUCACAUCGACUUUCUACCAUUUAUUUAAUAAACGGAUUCUAUGAGGAAGCUGAGCAUUUGUAGUCUUGCAUGCCGUUUCCUCCUAUGCGAGUAUCUCUUUGUUUUAACAUCUCUGAUCGAGCACUCACUUCCAUCAUCUUUGCUGAAGUUACCAUUAGCAACUGGGCAGCGCCCGGCUGAGCACUUGCUGCUGUUGUUGAGGAACUCGCCUGCAUAAACACAAGCGAAAGUCUCACUUCCAGACACCUGAGAGGAUACUGGUGACUUUACAGUCGGGAUGUAUGUUAGCGACAGCAUGAUUUUGACGUAAGCUGCAGCAAGCUGCGCCGUCAUGCUGCCAGGAGUCGGAGUGUUUGGGACAGGAAGCACAGCCCGGGUGCUGGUCCCGAUGCUAAAAGCGGAGGGCUUCGAGGUCCAUGCACUGUGGGGGAGGAGCGAAGAGGAAGCGUGCAGCCUGGCAAAGGAGCUCGGUAUCCCCUUUCACACGAGUCGAUCUGAUGACGUCCUGCUACACCAAGAUGUUGACCUUGUUUGCAUCUAUAUUCCACCCUCAAUGACUCGGCAGAUUGCUGUCAAAGCACUGGGCAUAGGUAAGAAUGUUGUCAGCGAGAAAGCUGCGACAGCUGUGGAUUCGUUUCAAAUGCUGCUGGCGGAGGGAUACGUCGGUGAAGUGCAGGUAUGCGACGUGCGCGUGUACGGGCCCAGCCUUCUAGACCGCUCGUACGGCUGGACUUGUGAGGACCUGAUGGGAGGCGGGGGCCUGCACACGGUGGGCUCGGCCAUCAUCGACCUUUUAAGUUACUUGACAGGGACGCGGGCCCAGCGCGUUCACGGCCUGCUGCGCACCUUCGUCCAGCAAAAUGACACCAUCAGAGGCAUCCGACGGGUCACCAGCGACGACUUUUGCUUCUUCCAAAUGUUGAUGGGACCGUGCUCGGGCGGCGUGUGCUGCACCGUGACCCUGAACUUCAAUAUGCCGGGUACCUUCUUGCAUGAGGUGAUGGUGGUUGGAUCCACCGGAAGAUUGGUGGCCAGGGGGACGGAACUGUACGGUCAGCGCAACGGCAGCAAAUGUGAAGAGCUGUUGCUCGGCGACAGCGGCCGAGCCGGACUUGAUGUGAAAGACGUACCUUUGCCGCAUCUGCUAGGCUUAGGCGCCAUGGUCAAGGCCCUGAGACAGUCAUUCCAAGCGCACCAGGAGCGCAGGUUGUGGGCGCGUGGGCCGGUUGCCACGGCACCCACCUUCGAGGACGGCCUCUACGUGCAGACGGUAGUUGAGGCCGUCAAGCGCUCCAGCUGUAGCGGAGAGUGGGAGUGUGUGGAGAUCAUGAGUAAGGAGCCCGAUCCCAACCAUAACCUGUGUGAAGCUCUGCACAGAAAUAAGAACUAAUCAUCAAACACUACUCACAAAAGAUUGGCAUCGCUGGCUUGUUGGGGGAAUUUUUCAGGACAAUCCGAAAAUGCAUUGACGGGUGAAUUUAGUUUGACCUUCUCCAACGUUUUGAGCGCAUUUAUCCAACUGUUCUAUAUGGACAAAUGUCAGCCCCCUAUCCCACAGUAAGAAGAAAAAGUCUGAAGUAUUGGCCAGUUAGACAUGAAAGUUUUGAGAAGGUUGAAUUAAGUUCCCCUGUAAAGGUUCUAGUGCAUUUUGGUUUGUCCUAAAAUGUUCAAACUGCAAAUGGCUACUUGCUGUGACUAAAGUAUUUCAAAAGUGCUACUACUAAACACAUCUGAUGGAGCUUGGCCUGAAUGUUUGUACUUCAGCUGCAGUUUACACCACAUGACUACUCUGAGCUUUCUUUUGGGAGGGGCACCUGUUGAAUAGAAUGUGCUUGAGAAACAUGGUGUUUCUUUUCCGAUGCUAUCUCGUUUGAAAACCUUUUACUUGUUUAAAGUUGUUAUGCCUGCAUGUACUGGGAUUUUGCUGCUUUUUUCCAUUUUGUUAACAUUGUGUUUAUUUGAGAAAGAUUGUGCAUCCAAGUCCAAUGGCACCUUAUUUGAAAGCAUCGAUGAUGCCGAGUUGACUAACAACUUUGCAUUCGUCACACUGUCAGAAUUCUACUGAUGUCCCGUUGAGAGAGCUCAGCUUUUUUUUUUUUUUAGAACAUUUAUGAUCUCAAGGUAGAUUUGUGUUUCCGGAAGCUCUAAGCAAUUUGCUGUCUCCUUCACAAAGCAGCGGAUGUUUCAGCGAUGGUGGGAGAAUCACAUUUUCCUAGCAUGGUCCAAAACAUCCUAAUUCCAUCUGAAUGUGGUUCAAAAUUAAAAGCAGACUUUUAAUUGUAUAAAACUGCAUAUUUGGCAAGCGAGGAUUUUUUUUUCUUUUACACAUUAAUGUUUACUCUAAAGAAGCCAAGCUGCCUCGAGCGUGAUAUUUUCUUGCUUUGAUCUUAAUCUUGCACCAGCACGCCUCAAAUUUGCAGUGUAAAGACAUUUGAAUAUUGUUGAUUUUAGAUGACAAGCAAAUGGCAUGAAACUCAGUUGUUUACAUUUGUUAUCCCUUUUUAAGUUUGUUGGUUGCAAAAAAAACCCUAAUGCCUCAAAUACAACAUGCACUGUAAUUGCAGUCGUGUGACUAGGAUGUCAUAAUUGUCAUACAGUCAAUUCUUUAUACUAUUAAGAACACUUUUUUCUUUUACCUACUCAGGGUCUGUAAAGACACAUUUUGACAAUUUUAAGAGUGCAUCAUCGCACUAUAAAAUUCCGUUCCCCAGCAGCAUGAUGCUAGAGGUCCUUAGAUAAAAAAAAAAAAAGAAAGACAUUCCAAACAUCUGAUUUAGCUUAUAUUAUCGUUUUUGCACUGAUACUGUAAAAUUAUUUAACACAUGGUGCGCUUUCUCUACUAGCCAGCGCACUGCAAAAUUAAUUUAACGUCUGCAUGAGGAUGAUUAUUUAUGGUUGGGUGUGGAAAACAAUUACUUGUCUUGUUCCUGUUUGUAAGUCAGUCUGUGAAUUUCUCUUGAAGCUGUAAUAUUUAUUUUUUUAGUUUUUUAAUUCUAACCAUGUCUCUUUGAGCACAAUUUGUUGUAUUUAAGUCUGAGGACUGUUCAUCUGACAGAUAUUUCAUUUAAUAAAUACAGUGGUAUUCA